AUGAAUAGAACAAUUCGAAGUUCUGCUCGGGAAAUAAUUUAUAGAGUGUACAGAAGAUGUCUUUUGGAGUAUGAGGCCAAAAAUAUACUUUCUGAUUUGAACAAUGUUUAUAAAAGAACCGCUGAAAUGACAGGAAAAUCUGAAUCUACCGUGAGAAGAGUUGUUUUGGAAGGCCAUAGAAAUAAUGGCAUAUUUUCAACUCCUGGGAAGCAAAGAAGAGGUCGACCCAAAAAACAUUUAGAUGAUUUUGACUUGUGUGCUAUCCGACAAAAAAUACAAUUUUUUUAUACAGUAAGGAAACAGGCACCAAUGUUAAGAAAUUUAAUUCCCAUAUUAAGAGAAGAUUUGGGGUACGAUGGGAGUCAUGAGCAUUUGCGACAAGUACUUAAAGUAUUAGGUUUCAAGUAUAUGAAAUGCCAGUCCGAACGUAGUGCUCUGAUAGAAAAAUCACAUAUAGCUGCGAAACGAGCAGAAUAUCUAAAAAUAAUAUUAAAUAACAGAAAUUUGCCUGAGGAGUUACGAAAAGAGGUAAUAUAUUUAGAUGAAAGCUACGUCCACCAGUCAUAUAAAUUAGAAAAGUGUUGGCAAUCUAUUCAUGUACCCGGUAUAAAACAAAACAUAUCCAAAGGCAAACGCUACAUAAUUAUUCAUGCUGGCAGUGAAAAGGGGUUUAUCCCCAAUGCAUUGCUCAUCUUUACUGGAUCAAGCAAAAAUGCAGAUUACCAUUCAGAAAUGAAUAGAAGCAAUUUUACAAAAUGGGUCACAGAAAAACUCAUUCCAAAUUUACCACCAGCUUCAAUCAUUGUUAUGGAUAAUGCCCCUUACCACUCUACGGUGCUAAACAAAGCGCCUACAACAGGUACUAAAAUAGCAGAAAUCAAAGAAUGGUUAACUCAAAACCAAAUACAUUUUGAUGAUACACUCCGCAAGCCACAGCUGCUAAUGCUUGUGAAACGUCACAAGCCAGUGCCAAAGUACGAAAUUGACGAAAUUCUAGGUUCAUAUGGCCAUACAGUGGUAAGACUUCCACCUUACCACUGUGAUUUAAAUCCCAUUGAGCUCAUCUGGGGUAUUGCAAAACGUAAAAUUGCUGCCCAAAACGUAGGGUCGAUUGAUAUAAAGGAAGCAGCAGAACGUGCUUUCGGAGGUAUAACAGAAAGCGACUGGAGAAAAUCUUGCAAGCAUGUAGUGGAGAUAGAGAAGUCUUAUUAUCAGCGAGAAUUAACUCUUUACCACGACAUAGAGCAAGUAGUGAUUAAUUUAGAGGAUAGCAGCAGCACUACCUCUGAUUCUGAGUUCGAGGAAGAAAACAUU